CCUGCAGUGGAACGGCCCGAGCGGAACCAACGCGCAGCCGCGGGGGCGUUGUGGGCUGUGGCGCUUUUCCGCGGCCACGCCCGUGGGGCAGCGAGGAGCCGGGUGACGGGUUCUGCGCGUCAUUUCCGGCCCCGCGGGCGCCCCGGGAAGCCCACCUGGGUCCUCCAGGCCUGUGCUCCGAGCCGCCUCCACCGCGCGCCUCUCAGGCCCCGCCCGCCAGCGUCUCUUUGUGGCGAAGGCGCGGAGGCCGAGCGCUAUGCCUGCAGCGGAGACCGCGUCCGGCUGUCGUUCUAGGGCUCCACCUGGAGACUUGCACCCACACAGCAGAAGGGAAAGAUGUCACGUCUGAGAUGACUUGCACCCAGACAGCGGAAGGGAAAGAUGUCACGUCUGAGAUGAGGUUGAGAAAGGCUGGGACACCUGUCCUGGGUGCUCUCUCCCACUCCCUGGCGAGCUUGCUGUGAUGAAAGCCCCUGCCAGGCUGUGGGCAUCCUGUGGGGAAGCUCACCUGGCAAGAAACUGGUUGGGGGGUUUCCACCCACAGCCAGCACGGAACUCAACCUUGCAUGCCAGCCUGUGUGAGUGAGCUCAGAGGCGGAGCCCAGCCCCAGUCAAGCCUUCAGAUGAGGCCACAGCCCUGGUCCGUGGUAUGACUGCAGCUUCAAGGGGGACCGUAAACCUGAGGCACCUGACUAAGCUUCCCCCAGAUUCCUCUCACAGGAGCCAAGAUCAAAAGCACUUGUUUUGAGCUGCAUUGUAGCAUCUGCUCCUGUGCUUUGCCAGGGAGAGGCCCCAGUGGACUUGUUCCUGCCGCCCGGAGUCCCUGGGCGGUCUCGGUGGCCCAUGCAGCCCGGCUCGGAGGCAGAGUCGUCCUUUGUUGCGGUGGUUCCAGCAUGUCGCCCUCAGUGAAGACCCCAGCGCUGGGGGAGCUCGUUCCUGGCUCCGAGGAGAAGCCCAAGGGCAGGUGGCCUCUCAGCUGGGGCUCUCUUUUUGGUCACCGAAGUGAGAAGAUUGUUUUUGCCAAGAGUGACAGCGGCGCGGAUGAGAAUGUACUGACCGUCACCAUCACGGAGACCACAGUCAUCGAGUCCGACCUGGGCGUGUGGAGCUCGCGGGCGCUGCUCUACCUCACGCUGUGGUUCUUCUUCAGCUUCUGCACACUCUUCCUCAACAAGUACAUCCUGUCUCUGCUGGGAGGCGAACCCAGCAUGCUCGGCGCGGUGCAGAUGCUGUCUACCACGGUCAUCGGGUGUGUGAAGACCCUCGUUCCUUGCUGUUUACAUCAGCACAAGGCGCGGCUUUCUUACCCACCCAACUUCCUCAUGACCAUGCUGUUUGUGGGUCUGAUGAGGUUUGCGACUGUGGUUUUGGGCUUGGUCAGCCUGAAAAAUGUGGCGGUUUCGUUUGCCGAAACGGUGAAGAGCUCGGCCCCCAUCUUCACGGUGAUCAUGUCUCGGAUGAUUCUGGGGGAGUACACAGGGCUGCUGGUCAACCUGUCCCUCAUCCCGGUCAUGGGAGGGCUGGCGCUGUGCACAGCCACUGAGAUCAGCUUCAACGUCCUGGGAUUCUCGGCCGCACUGUCCACCAACAUCGUGGACUGUUUGCAAAAUGUUUUUUCAAAAAAGCUUCUCAGCGGGGACAAAUACAGGUUCUCGGCCCCGGAGCUGCAGUUCUACACCAGCGCCGCCGCAGUGGCCAUGCUCGUCCCAGCCCGGGUCUUCUUCACGGACGUCCCAGUGCUUGGGAGGAGUGGGAAGAGCUUCAACUACAACCAGGACGUUGUGCUGCUGCUUCUGACAGACGGAGUCCUGUUCCACCUUCAGAGUGUCACCGCCUACGCCCUCAUGGGGAAAAUCUCCCCUGUGACUUUCAGUGUCGCCAGCACCGUGAAGCACGCCCUGUCCAUUUGGCUCAGCGUGAUCGUUUUUGGCAACAAGAUCACCAGCUUGUCGGCCGUUGGCACAGCCCUGGUGACGGUCGGGGUCCUGCUCUACAACAAGGCCAGGCAGCACCAGCAGGAGGCACUGCAGAGCCUGGCUGCAGCCACCGGCCGAGCGCCCGAGGACCCCGGGGAGCCACUGCUUACGCAGGACCCCAGGCAGCACCCCUGA